GAGAGAUUACAGGCAAUGGUGAUGAACAGAGGCCGGGGCGGACGCGGAGGACGGGGUCGCGGCGGGCCGGCGGCCCCGCCGCACCUGAUGCACGGUGUGCCGCCGCUGCGGCUCAAACCGGGCCGCGGCCGCUCGCCGCGCGGUCCGGUCCGGGGGCCGCCGCGCGGCGCGGGCGCGCCGGCACCGCGGCCGCAGCCGCUGCUAGCGCCGCUGCGCCGGCCCCGACCGCUGGUACCGCCGCAGCAGCUGAUGUCCCCCGUGGCGCCGCGGCCGCGCUACCCACCGCGCUCCGCCGCGCCGCGACCCUUCUACGACCCACCGGCCCUGGACGACGGCGGGGCGUACUAUGAGGAAAGCGGUCAGUACUAUGAUGAAGGCGGAGAGUACUAUGAGGAGACUGGCACGUACUAUGAGGAGAGCGGAGAGUACUAUGAGGAUGGCGGGGAGUACUAUGAAGAGACGGGCCCGUACUAUGAGGAGGGCGGAGAGUACUAUGAGGAGACUGGCCCCUACUAUGAGGGGAGCGUCCCGUUCCACGACGGGGGUGCUCCAUUCCGCGGUAUGGGUGCUCCGAGGCGAGUCAGGGGUGCUCCCAUGAGGGCUAGGGGCUCUCCCAUGCGAGGAAGGGGUGCCCCCAUGCGGGGUCGAGGCGCUCCGAUGCGGGGCAUGGGUGCUCCGAUGCGGGGCAUGGGUGCUCCGAUGCGAGGAAUGGGUGCUCCGAUGCGGGGCGCAGGCCCUCCAGUCCGCGGGAGAGGCGCCCCACUGCGGGGCAGAGGAGCCUCAGCGCGCGGCGCGGGCACCCCGGUUCGGGGCAGGGGCGCCCCGGCGCGAGGCAGGGGUCGUGGCCGUGGAGCCACUGCGGCCAGCACAACUCCCCAGUCCAAGACACCAAAGGUACAGAAGAAAACAUCCAAAACUGAAAAGGAGCGGGACGCCGGUGACCUGCUGAAGCCGUGGGUCACUCCCGAGCUGCGCGCCGAGAUCGAGAAGAAACAGAAGAUGCACGAGGCCUCGCGCGAGUCGGGCGACGCCAAGGACUUUGAGGCGUUCAAGGAGCAGCGCAACAAAGUGACUUCCAUGAUGCGAGCCGCCAAAAUGGAGUAUAUCGGCAUGCACGACGAGGAGGACAUUGGCAAAAUCAUGGCGGAGGCUGGCGUAAUGCAGGCGGCUAAAUCUGCCGACUCUAAAACAGAGCCCAAAGCCGCCGAGCCCGCGGCGGCUGGCGUUAAGACCGAGCCAAAGGCCGAGCCAAAGUCUGAACAGGACACGAACGGCUCCAAGGCAGAGCAGCCCGCCGAAAACGGCGCGGCGGCCGAGCCGGCGGCCGCCUAGGGCUCCGCUCGUGGCCGGGAGGUGUCUGACCCGGCCUCCCAGUGCCCCGUCUCUGUAGCGAGCCGCGACCCCUGACCGGUCACACGGCCGGCGGAGUCACCGCGCGGGGCGGGGACCGAAGGGACGGUACAAACUGAGUCACAAUGGGAUACUCGCUGGCGGUCUGCUAAAACAUCGGCACUGGUGACCAGCCAUGCCACUGUGUUCAUACAUGUCAUCAAACCCAUCAAAUCGUGGUAACGCUGGGACCUUAACCAGCCACUACGCAGACAGCGGGGUGGAAGUGCGCUAGUGCUCGGAGAAGGCGAACUAUUUAACCCGCGCUGGCGGACACGGGCGGAGCGCUGUGUCCGUCGGUGACGGGUCGCGCGACCGCGAGUACUUACGGCCCUCCCUAGUGUUGAGUAUUACCAUUGUGCCCCCAACCGGAUCGUCUCGGCGCGUUUGUGUCACGGGGUGCCUGCGCGUGGCCCCGUCCCCGGCCCUCCGCGGCCUUAACGGUCGCGGCGAAUACUGCUAGUACAACCGGACGUCGCGAGGCGGCGCUACGGUCGCGGGCGUGUGCAGCACUGCUGAAAAGGCACCACCAUCAAGCCAUUACCAUUUGCCGUAUUUAUUGGCUAAUGUCGCGAUCGAAUGCACUUUCUUACCGUAAUCAUUUUUCUCAUUGAUUGACAAUUGUAUCUACCGCGAGAAUUUCAAGUCCAAAACGACGGGUGCGUAGUUUUAGUGGAGCUGACCAUUGCAUUUGUGGCCCCGUCGGCCCCGGCAAAACCGGGUGACGCCGGCCGAGCAAUGUCCGCGCUCACAGCUGCAUUUCUCAGUGUACAUUCGAGGCUUCAUUGUGUCCAUGUCUGUGUCGCGCUGUCUUAGAGAAUAAACGGUGAGGCGCCGGCCGCCGAGGCAGCGGUCGGCACCGCGGCCCGUC